AACUGUUUGGAGUAGGCAUUCUAUACUUUUCCAUGAAAAUGCUAAUAGAGCCUUAAUUAAGGUGAACAUGUAUAUUUUGGUGACAAGUGAGUGGGGUGAAAGGGAUAAAAGGAAAUUUAGUCAACCUAUUUUGAACCUUAAAUGUAUCAAUCUUCUACUGGUGUCUUUUUCUGAUUAUCACCUUUUCCAAUCAUUUUUUUGUCUCCUGUAGAUAUUGAUCGAUCUGGACUGUUCUUGUGGGUUUGGCAGAGCUGGAUCGAUCGGGUGCAUCUAAAGCUAUGAGCUAUAGAAUCUUACCUUAAGUUUGAAGCUUAAAUGGACUGCAAUGAACAUCUCAAAGUGUCUCUGCUUCAUAUUUUGUCUAUGAUUCCAAUAGAUGUGACCCUUUGUUCCAAUUAUUUGUUAUAUGAUUACUUUUCUAUAUAAUUAUCAUGUUCUAAUUAUAUUUUAUCUAAGUUUGCUUUUAUUAGGUUAUACAUUAUAUUUUGAGAAACAUCAAAUUUCUGUUUGCUUCAUUUCAUCAGGUGUUAUUUUUCUUUCUUUCAGGAGAGGAAUAUCAAACUUCUAUGCUGGCAAAUCUAAAUCUUUUACAAGUUUAUCACAUGCAGCUUCUUCUUCCUCCCUCAAUGACAUUGUCAAGCCAGAGAAUGCAUACACAAGAAAGCGCAAAAACUUGCUUGCUCAUAACAACUUCUUUAGUAAGAAUCAUAAUCAAAACAGUGGUGGUGGCCUAUACAAGAGACCUACCAACUCUAGAAGCUCUUUGGCUCUAGCUGCAACUCAGGAACGUUUUCCUCUUCCUCCCCAAGCACGGAGAAGUGGCGUUGAGUCCUCCUCCUCACCUACUCCUAAACAGAAGUUCUGUGGCUGGCGUUCUUUCUCCUUGUUUGAUCUGCAAGGUGUUGGAGAUGGAACUCUCAACCUCACUGGCACAAAGGAAUAGAGCAUAAUAUAAGUUCCAUUUUUUUGUGUCACCCUAUGAAACUAAUAUAUGUACUCUAGAUGUUCAUGGAGGUGGGAAUAUUUUCCUAUCUGGUUAGUGCUUUUACAGCAUGCUGUAGCUAUGUAUCCAGUUAUUUACUGCUCAGGUCAUGUACAUCAUCACCAUCCUUUCGUAUGUAAUUUCAUCGUCUACUUGUAAACAGUUUUAGCUUCUUCUUUUUGCCUUUGGCUGUUGUAUUUGUAUAUACAAGUUCAUUUGGAAUACAAUUCCCUUUCUUCCCUGAAUUUGAUCUCUUACUUUGUGGUGGAUUACUCUAACCCAAAGAUGAUUGGCAGAAUUUUUGUUAAUUUCUUGGUGCAGUUAGCGUGGUCACUUUAACAACUAAGGGGCCCUCUAAGUCACAAAUGGAAAACAAUGUGUGGUCGGAAGGGACUGAUUACUCAACCAAAAUGAGUAAGCAUCUACUCAAGAACAUUCAUGGGGGCUUUGCGGUGUGAAAUUACUGACGAGAUGUUCAGGAAUUUCCACACUAUUGAUAGAAGAGUAUACUCGAUCCUAGUUUUUGAGCUUGGGCAUGACCCCUUUGAAUCUGUUCAAACAAUAGCCUUGUGGAUAUGGCUGGAAAGAACCGGGUUCAACAACGUCGUGCAAAAGGUACUAUCAUUACCCAGAAACCUGAUCAAAGAACUUGCCGUCGAAGCCAUGGUUUGCCUCAAGUACAUCAACGGAGAUGCCACAUUGCAAUGCUGUGAGAUCUCCCUGACUCAACAGACUGUCGGAGAACGGUUUUCCCCCAAAUUUUUACUCGACAACAGGGUGGAGGCGUCCCGUGGGGUCCAGGAGGUGGUGGCUGAAGUUUGUGUGAAGGCAUUGGAAGAUCUGAUGGUGGUGCCGCCUCCGCGAGAGGGGAGGACAAUGUUUGCCACCUUUUCAAAGGGGUAUCCAGUGUCCGAACAGGAAAUCAGAGGGUUCUUUACUGAGGUGUUGGGAGACUGCAUCGAGUCGGUCCACAUGCAGGCGGUGAAGCCACCUCAGGCGCAGCAGCCUCUCUAUGCCCGCAUCAUCUUCUUCAACCCUGCCGCCAUUGACUUCAUCCUCAACGGCGACCACAAGGCCAAGUUCACCAUCAAUGGCUUUGAGCUUGAUGAAGGUGUCAUGUAUUGAUGAAGGGGUUAAUCGAUUAAUGAAGAGUUUGAUCGACU